GCAUUCCCUAAAACCCAGCCAGCUCCACGCGCCUACUGGCCCUCGGUUUGCAUGACGUUUCCUCUUCUUGCUUACAAUUGGACAAGCUCUCCGCCUGUCACUUUGACUGACAUCACCGGAGCCAUAGACUCCUCCCAGCGGCAGCAGACGCUAUUUGAGUGGGGAACAGCGGAUUGUUGUACAUAGAGCCGGUUUAGUGUCGUCAAUGGGAAGCACGCGAGACGGUGGCAAAGCGAGUUACGGUCUAGAUUGAAACCCGCGGCUGCACCAUGCUCUCCACGUCUAUCUCGUGUCUGUGGAUUACAUUUUGCCUUCAUGUAUGCUGUUUUGUAGACAGCGUGGAAGCACAGAAUGCGAAGGAAGUGAUUCUGCUGGACUCCAAGGCACAGCAGACAGAACUGGAGUGGAUCUCCUAUCCUCCCAAUGGGUGGGAAGAGAUCAGCGGUUUGGAUGAGAACUAUACACCCAUUCGCACAUACCAGGUUUGCCAAGUCAUGGAGCCCAAUCAGAAUAACUGGCUUCGGACUAACUGGAUAGAGAAGGGCGAUGCCCAGAGAAUUUUUGUGGAACUGAAGUUCACCUUGAGGGAUUGUAACAGUCUACCCGGUGUGGUGGGCACUUGCAAGGAGACGUUCAACUUGUAUUACCAGGAAACUGAUUCAGAAGUAGGCAGGAGCUUGCGGGAGAACCAGUACGUGAAAAUUGACACGAUCGCCGCAGAUGAAAGCUUCACUCAGGGCGACCUGGGUGAAAGGAAGAUGAAGCUGAAUACCGAAGUGCGCAUAAUUGGCCCGCUGUCCAGGCGGGGCUUUUAUCUGGCCUUCCAGGAUGUAGGGGCAUGUAUCGCCCUGGUCUCUGUCAAAGUUUAUUACAAGAAGUGCUGGUCUAUCAUCGAGAACCUGGCCACCUUCCCAGACACCGUGACGGGAUCGGAGUUCUCCUCGCUGGUGGAGGUCGAGGGCAUAUGCGUGAACGACGCCGAGGAGGAGGCCGACAACUCUCCCAAGAUGCACUGCAGCGCCGAAGGGGAAUGGCUGGUGCCCAUUGGGAAAUGUAUAUGCAAAGCAGGAUUUCAUCAGAAAGGAGAUGCAUGUGAACCGUGCGGUCGUGGUUUCUACAAGUCCUCCUCCCAGGACCUUCAGUGCUCUCGCUGCCCGGCGCACAGCUUUAACGACCGCGAGGGCUCUUGGCGCUGCAACUGCGAGGAUGGCUACUACCGAGCACUCUCUGACCCUCCGUCUGUGGCCUGCACAAGGCCUCCCUCGGCACCACAGAACCUGGUCUACAACAUCAACCAGACCACCGUUACCUUGGAGUGGAGCCCACCGGCAGAUACGGGCGGCCGAAACGAUGUCACCUACAGGGUUAUAUGCCGGCGCUGCAGCUGGGAACCUGAAGAGUGUGUGCCGUGUGGGCCUAAUGUGGGAUACUCCCCCGCACAGUCAGGAUUAGUGGACACUUAUGUGACCAUCAUGGACCUGCUCGCCCACGCCAACUACACUUUUGAGGUGGAGGCUGUCAAUGGGGUGUCAGACCUGAGCCGCACACAGAGGCUGUUUGCCGCGGUUAGCAUCGCCACUGGUCAAGCAGCUCCGUCCCAGGUCAGCGAGGUCAUCAAGGAGAAAGUGCAGCAGCGCAGCAUCCAGCUCUCCUGGCAGGAGCCCCAUCAACCCAACGGCGUCAUCACAGAAUAUGAAAUCAAGUACUACGAAAAAGAUCAGAAGGACAGGAUCUACUCCACAGUGAGGUCCAAGUCCACCUCAGCCACCGUGAGCAACCUGAAGCCCAGCACAGCGUACGUGUUCCAGAUCAGGGCCUUCACUGAGGCAGGAUACGGCACCUACGGCCCCAGAUUAGAGAUCACCACCAAGGAAGAGGCCACAGCUGCGAUUGUCUCCAGCGAGCAGAACCCCGUCAUCAUCAUAGCAGUGGUGGCCGUAGCGGGGACCAUCAUCCUGGUGUUCAUGGUGUUCGGCUUCAUCAUUGGGAGAAGGUACGCUCUCGCGGGCCCCAUUGACUCUCCGCUCCUGCACUGCGGGUACAGCAAAGCGGAUCAGGAGGGAGACGAGGAGCUCUACUUCCAGUUUAAAUUUCCAGGCACCAAAACGUACAUUGACCCUGAAACCUACGAGGACCCAAACAGGGCUGUCCAUCAAUUUGCCAAGGAGCUGGAUGCCUCCUGCAUUAAAAUUGAGCGGGUUAUUGGAGCAGGAGAGUUCGGGGAGGUGUGCAGCGGCCGGCUGAAACUGCCCGGAAAGCGAGACGUGUCGGUCGCCAUCAAGACGUUAAAAGUGGGCUACACGGAGAAGCAGAGGAGGGACUUCCUGUGCGAGGCAAGCAUCAUGGGACAGUUCGACCAUCCCAAUGUUGUGCAUCUGGAGGGAGUCGUGACAAGAGGAAAGCCAGUGAUGAUUGUCAUCGAGUACAUGGAAAACGGCUCAUUAGAUGCUUUCCUCAGGAAACACGAUGGUCAGUUCACAGUCAUCCAGUUGGUCGGGAUGCUGCGGGGCAUAGCGGCAGGAAUGAGAUAUCUCUCUGAUAUGGGAUACGUCCAUCGAGAUCUGGCUGCGCGAAACAUCCUUGUCAACAGCAAUCUCGUAUGUAAAGUGUCUGACUUCGGCCUGUCAAGGGUGAUAGACGACGAUCCCGAGGCUGUCUACACAACAACUGGGAAGAUGCAGGAUGUAAUGAAUUUGAUCUUUACUCCAGCCACUGACCUGCAUUUCACUGAACAGGGUGGCAAAAUACCCGUCCGAUGGACCGCGCCAGAAGCCAUCCAGUAUCGUAAAUUCACCUCCGCAAGUGAUGUGUGGAGUUAUGGCAUUGUCAUGUGGGAGGUCAUGUCCUAUGGGGAACGGCCUUACUGGGACAUGUCCAAUCAAGAUGUCAUUAAGGCCAUAGAGGAGGGCUACCGUCUUCCGGCCCCUAUGGACUGUCCUCCAGGCUUGCAUCAGCUAAUGUUGGACUGCUGGCAGAAAGACAGGGCCGAACGUCCCAAAUUUGAUCAGAUAGUCGGCAUCCUUGAUAAGAUGAUCCGCAAUCCCAACACAUUGAAAACGCCAGUGGGAACAUGUACGAGACCAAUUAGUCCACUGUUAGAUCAGAGCACACCAGACUUCACUGCUUUCCGCUCAGUGGGAGAGUGGCUGGAAGCCAUCAAGAUGGAGCGAUACAGAGACAACUUCACAGCAGCUGGCUACAGUUCCUUGGAAUCUGUGGCCAGAAUGUCAAUCGAGGACGUGAUGAGCUUGGGGAUCACGCUGGUGGGACAUCAGAAAAAGAUCAUGAGCAGCAUACAGACUAUGAGAGCCCAGAUGCUGCAUCUUCAUGGCACGGGUGUUCAGGUGUGAUGGACUGCGACGGGCCACCGCGGACAGGGCGAAAAACAAAAACAGAACUUAUCUGGAGCAGCGCCUGGGACAGAACCUGGGAUAUUCGUCAAAGUAAACGGACAUCUGUUAUGUCUGACUCUUCCGGCUGUGUCUGGAGUGAAAUCAUUCCUUUGUUCCUCAGUGAAGGAUUGUGGUCUGCCUCUUCAAAGGGCACUAAAGAGAGGAAAAGGGCAAAAAACAACAAAAAAAAGAAACUACCUGGACGAGACGACUUACUUGUUUUGUUUUGUUUUUUUCUUCUCCUUUUUUAGAAGCGCUUACGAACUCAACCACAUAUCAAAUGGCGCACUGGAAAGGAGUUUAUGUUCUUAAUGAAUGAUUUAAGUGCACACCAUAGCUAUGGAUUUUCUUUAAAAAGAACAAAAAACUAAUUGUCUACUUGCAGUGUUUUUCGGUCACUUCUCUUGUUUCUUUUCUAAUUUGUCAAUUUUUUUAUGUAUGUCUGCCACAGUGACAUGUUGUGGCACAUACAAGUGUUCUUUUUUCCUUCUAUUUGGACUCAACAACAGGGUAAAUUCUCCUUUAUCCAAACACAGAAGGAACUCAGUACAGAUUCAAAGGUACUUUUUGUGCUGAGACACGCCGGACUGUUUGAACUGUUUGCAGUGACUCGUAUUUUCCUUCAUGUGCUGUUGAAGUGAAAAUGGUAUUCUCACAUGCUUACCAGAGUGGGUUUUUGACUUGGUUUCAACCUUUCCUACUUUUUAUUAAGAAUUUUUUUGAAAGAGUGCAACACUGAGGAGACGCAGGAGGAGAAUUGUUCUUCAAAUCACCAGUCUUUUGUAUCAGAGUAGCAAUAUCCUUUGUCUUAGUGUUCACUACAGGAAACGUUUGAGUUUCAGAACAGUUAUUUGGUUACUGAGUAGAAUGUUUCAGCACUGUUGAAAGAUUGUAUUGAAGCCGCCGCAAAUUGUUUUGCCAUCACUUUGCCUAAAAUGUUGCACACAGUGUUGGUUUUUUGUGUUUUUUUUGGUGCAUUGUUCAGCUGCAAAUACAAUUUUUAAAAGGUGAAAGGUGGAAGCUCUAGACGUAUUACUGCCUUAAAAUGUGUUCGACUAAGUAUUGCCACUAUUUUAGGCACUUGAAUGGCAAUACUCUCUGCGGUUCAUUUUGAGGAUGGGCGACUGGGACAAGCUCCCUAUCUUUUAUUUUUGUUUUCCUUUUAGUGUGAUGUCUUUUUAUCUAGAACUUGAACAGGUGAAAUCAAGUGCAAGGCCACGGUUUAAUGCCACGAGUGACACAGUCAGCGAAGAAGAGAUGGACUAAACAGAGCAAUAAUUACCAGGUAGAAAUGGUCCUCACCUGAGAUUUUUAAGGUGCUAGGUGUUUGUGUGUGCUGUGCUGAGACGAACCCUUUGGAAAGAUUCAGUCACUGCCAGAAAGUAAAGGAAUAUACCUGUUUGACCUAAAGAAAAUGCUUUGGAAUUUGCUCGGAAAACUGCCGUGCCAAGUCAUCAGAUGAAAUCAUCAUUUGAGUGAGUGGCUGCAGAGAUAAAAGAAGCACCAUUCGAAACACUAGGUAGGUGCCAAUUAGCCAUGCUGACAUCAUUUCCUGACACCACCCAGAAAUCAAAGAACCCCCUUCAGGGUUUGGGUAUGAAAAUGCAGGACCAAACAAUCGGGCCAGAGUCAGAUGGGGACCAUGCUGUUAAAUCCCACCUCCCGGCUCUGUAGGCAGCAAUGCAGCUCCCUUGUUUAUUCAUGCUUCUCCGCCGCUCAUCCUUCACAGGCGAAGAUGUGACAGAACAUGCAUUAAAGUGUCUCUUAAGAUUGCUCCUCUUUUCUUCCAUACGGCUUUGUAUGGAGAACAGAGACGAGGGGGCUUUGCAGAAGAUGUGCUAAAAGCCAAUCAACCUAUUUGGUGCCAUCUGUCUCCACUUCCAAUGCAAAAAAAGAAAAGGUUUCUAUGUUGAGUAUGUUUUCAGCACGGUACUCUUUGAUAAGAAAGUGUAGUGAUUCAGCAGUCGUGUAGAGAGGAGUGGUGUUUACAGGGGAAAACCAUUAGAACUUCUUUUACUGCUGCUGUAACCUAGGAGAUAAAUCUACAGUAUAUUGUCAAAGCAACAUUCAUUUACUUCAGCUUUUUUCAUCUCAGAUUUAAAGAUGAAGCAUAACCAGCUUUAGAAAUGAACUGCAAGCUCACUGACAAGCAGUUAAACCAUUAGCAGCUUUCUUCAGUCUGUCCAUUGUGUCUUAUGUUGUGUCCACAAUAAGCCAGAUACAUCUGAAAACUCACCUUUUCUCUCCGUUCUGGCCCUCUGUCCACACUGAGCUGUUGUGAAGCCUUUUGAAAACGGUCUCCAGGGUGGAUAAACCUGAAAGGCAAGGAAAACAAGGAAGACUUAAGCCUGUCUAGACAUUGUCGAGGGCUAUGUGGCAGUAACGUCUGUCGCCUCUAAAGGGGAAGAUGUCUACAAUCAGAUGUGGACAGCAGACAUGCACAGCUGCACAGAUGGACAUGUUCAUACACACUUGUCAAUACAUGCAUGUAUUUCAUUAUUGAUUAACCUGAUGAGUAUUUUCUCAAUCCAUUGUUUGUCUUAUAAAAUGCUAGAAAAUACAGAAAAAUGCUGGUCACAGUUUUCCAAAUUCAAAUUGUACAUCUUAAAAUUGCUUUUCUUUGUCUAAACAACCUUCUAAAACCAAAAUAUAUUCGGUUUUGUGUCAUGUAAAUCCAAGAACAUAAGCGAAUAUUCACAUUUGAGAGGUCAGAACUAACUUUGCUAAAAAAAAAACUAUUUCAUUUCAUCAGUAUAGUUGCGUAGGAAUGUCUAUUUGGAUUGUAAAAGUAAUAGUUUUGGGAGUAUUUAAAUUUGGAAAAUAUAUUUGGAGUAACAUAUUGUGGAAAUGUCUCAGUGAACAUCUGUACACCCAGCACUUCAAACCUCCUGCUGAAGUCACAACUCCCCGCUGUCAUUUGCAAAGAAAUAGUUCCAGCACCUAACUCCCCUUAAAACAGUGAACAGUGUUUUGAUGAGAUAAAUCCUGUUAUAAGUGAGCUUUUGAGUGAGCUUCAGAGGUGUUGGUUGAUGUGUUUUUGAACUUCUGACAGAGCCAGACUAGCUGUUUUCAGCUUCCAGUCUUUAUGCUAAGCUAGGCUAACCACAUCCAUGCCAUGAAUCCAUCUCAUGCGAGCGGAUAUGUGUGGAUACACCUUGUUUUUUACACAUAAACCGCAUUUUCAAAAUCUGCUGGCUUAGUGUGGAUGUGUCUUUAGAUCCAUUUUCACUGUGGGACUCACCUUUGUAAGGAGACACCAGGAAUUAGCCCUGACCAGCUCUGAGCCCCUGUGUCCCCCCCCCCCCACCACCCCACCCCACCUCCCUUUAUCCAUACAGCAAAGCUCAGCAAUUGGACCUUUGCCAGACCUUUGAAUUGAAUACAGGCAUAAAGUCAUUCAGUCAGCACAAAACUCCCCAGUUCACAGGCAGCACUCUCUCUCCUCCUCCUCCCAACACCCUGCUCUGAUUUUAAAAGGUGGGCCCCUGGAGGCCCCUCAGACCCUGAGGUAGAAUGCCUAUGUCCUUUUUUUCCUGUGCUGGGGAAACAGCAGUUUGAGCCAAAUUGAGAUUAAGGCCAGGAUACAAUCGAUUCAACGUCCAAAUCACUUGUAACCUUCACCAACAGAAGUCACUUUACCGUCUGUUUCAGCUUAUUUCACACCCAUUUUGAACUUCAGGUUGCUCAGCUCUGGACAAAAAAAAAAGUUUUGUUGUGGCUCUAUUUCAGCAAAAACACAAAAAGAAUAAAAAAAAAUGUAAAAAGACAAAAAACAAAAACCUGCACGAUGUAGAAGGCUGGAAUCAGGACUAGCAGAUAGAGUAUGAAGUUAUUUUUCAAAUCUUGUGGUUCAGCAGUUGGAAAUUUGUUUCACCACUUUGGCGAGGUGGUGGAUAAUUCCAAAGAGUGCAGCAGUGUUGAUUGUGUCAGAAAGAGCCGAGAUUUGAGGGAAUCUUUGUAUAUGUUCUAAUUGUAAAACUUGUACAUUUUAUUUAUAUUGUUUUUUACACAUAUUACUCAGUAGAGAGCUCUGAAUACAUUGAAAAUGCACUAUAUUUUUCUAUCUCGCAGAUGAAUUAUUGUCACCCACAAGAUUUCAGUUGUACAUAAUUUUUCAUUUAGGACCAAAGACGGCUGAUAGGAUUUCCAUCUUUACUUUGACUUUGUUUUUAUUUUUGCCUUUUAGUUUGUUGUACAGUAAUACAAAUUGUCAAUUUAUUAUUUAUUUUUCUGUGCUGAAAGUAUUGAGAAUAUUCACUGGUCAAAAGUAUUUUCCCCAACAGCAGAACUGUAAGAUCAUUUAAUUAGACAAUUUCUUGUUACAUAGACAAUUCUUUUUGCUUUGUAAUCUUUGUAAUAGACUGUACAUAUAUUUUUGGAAAUAUAAUACAAUCUCUAUAGAAGU